AUGACUCUAGGAACCCAAGCAUAUUUCAGAUUUAUCCAUGAAGAUCUCCAUCAAUUAAAGGAAAAAAUAACAAAAUACCCAAUUGAUGAAAAAAUACAGGCUCUAGACAUUCAAAAUCUUGAAACAGCCAUCAGAAGGACUGAAAAAGGGUUAAAAAUUCAUAUUGAGAAGUAUUUAGAUGUUGUUAACCAGCAUAUGUCACUGACUCCUGUGGAUGAUAACUUACGCGCUCCUCUGGUAUCCAGAGGUUUGGUUCCAAAUGUUCUCGACCAGAAAUCAUUUACUUUCCCUCUGGAAUCUGGGAGUAAACUUUGGCGACCCCAUGCCUGGCACACUAACAGGCUAUUGCCACGUAUCCCUCCAAAAUCAAAGAGAAAGCUAGGCUUGAAUGUGAAAAUCAUGCAGAAUCCUGAAAACAUCCACCACAGAGCUGCUGUGAAUGCAAACUAUGGAAUCAGUUUGCCACGUAUUAACAAGAGAAAAGCAUAUGUGAAUAUUCAGAAAUUAAUCAAAGGAUCCACCAUCCCCAGCCUCACAGUUCUGCCAUCUGCUCAUCGCAAUGAUCCCCAUUUUAUCCCCGUACCGGUGUUACAGAGGGAUGCCAAUAAAGGAAUCUUAAGUUUGUUACAACGGGGACUGAUUCCUCCGACAGCCAAGAUCACCUGGCAAAAUCCACCAAUCAAACACAAAGCAAUUUCUCUGCAUAGUUUUAAGGAAGCACACAAGGUCACACCUACAGCCCCCUUCAAGACAGUCCAGAAACCACCCCCGACUGUGCCAGAAGAUGCUUCCAAGAAGAAACCACAGCUAAAGGGGAGAGGCAGAAGCAUAACAGAAUAUCCUGAACAGGACACGAAAAUUACAUCUUCUAAAAUUAUGAAACCAGCAUGGGAGUAUGACUUUUAUAUUUAUGAUGGCAACAUAAUCCAGACAGCCCCUGAUUUCGAAGCAUUCAAGGAGCAUUUCCGCCUCGCUUGGGGGAGUAUAUUUUCUGUCUUGGAACAAGUUGUGAAGUUUCUUCGGGACUAUGCAGUGCCAGAGGUCAAAGUGAAAGGGAGGAACUUGAUAUGCCUCCUUCCAGAGUUUGAGCUGAAGAGUCAGCUUAACAGAUAUGACAUUCUGUCAAUUUUCGAGAACCCACUCCACGUCCAAAUGCUGGUCAACCUCCCAGGACAGAGGUUCAAGGGUCAGAAUGGAAAGUUGGAGGCUGUCAAGAAGAUCCAAGCCACGUGGAGAUGCUACAAAGCCAGAAAGUUAUUUCUGCUCUUCCGCCGGCAGAAGUGGGCUUCGGGGGUGAUCGCCAUCGCGUGGCUUUUACACUGCCAUAAGACGAGGCUCAAGAAGAUCCUGAAGGAAUCGCGUCAGAGACACCUGGAGAAUUUCCGCAUUCGCGCCAAGCAUCUGGAAGCCAACUGGAAUCGCAUCAGGACUUCCAGGCGGACCAUUAUCCAUAUCCCGUCAUUAGGAUACCACCAGACUGUUCGAGAACACAUUGCUGAUUUUGACACACUUCAGAAUAUGCAGCUGGGGAGGUUAUGUGACAUCAAAGAUAUCAAUGUGAAUGUCAUCUACAUCUCCUCCCACCAUAUGAAUGAUGAGUUAAGGCUAUAUUACCAAAAAAUCCUGAGUCUACAUGCAGCUGUCAAAUCGGGGAAUGUGAAUGACAGAAGUGACCUGAAGAACAGGCUGAAAAUUAUCACCCCCGAAGCUGUAGACUUCUUCACAAAUCAUCACAUGUGCCUGGCCACUCACCUGAAGUACAGUCCCAAGGCAAUCAAAAGAAUAAAAAAUCUCAUCCAAGGAAAAGAGGCCUACAUUGUGGGUGGUUUUCUCCACAGAGAUGAUUUAGCUGUGGCUGAUAUGUUAAAUGUACCCAUCCUGGGCUCAGAGCCUGAGCUGGUGCAACUUUAUAGUUCCAAGUCUGGCAGUAAACGGAUCUUUGACAAGAUCAAUGUACCAAUCCCUCCUGGAGCAUAUGACAUUUAUUCAAAUGAUCAGAUGAUAGAACAGUUGACCCAGCUGGUGACUGAUCACCUGCAAAUCCAACGCUGGCUCUUUAAAAUGGACCUGGAAUUUGGAGGGAAUGGGACAGCCUUUUGUGACAUUGCUUCCCAUCUAUCAUGCUACAAGUGGGUAGUAAAGGAGAGCAACAGAUACGGGUGUGAAGGCUGGAGUAAGAAGUGGGCUCACGCUGAGCUACUGGCUAAAGGAAAAUUGAGAGGAGGCAUGAUUGAAGCAUUCCCACCUGCAGACAGCAUCACCAACCUCACUGUGGACAUGCUGAUAGAGCCCAGUGGAGAAAUCACAGUGCUGUCAACGGGGGACCAGUUUCAUGCCGAAGGCCCCUUUAUUUCCUCUGGUACCACCAUACCGCAGACCUCUGUGGAUCCCAAAGUUCUCAAGUCUUUGUGCCUCCAAAUUGGACAGGCCUGCAGAAAGAGAAAAGUGACUGGGUACUUUUCCAUUGACCUGGUGACUUUUAUUGAUCCAAGCACCUUGGAACAGCGGUUAUGGGCAACAGACCUCAGCCUCACUUACAGUGACCAGUUGGCUCUGACACAGCUCACUCUGUACCUGACAAACGGCAACCUGGAUUGCAAUUUGGGCACCUUGGAAGUGCCCUGCUCAAUCCCAAAAGACAAGGGAACACUGGAGCCCAAUCCCCUUAUGUCAACACUGUCGUUGGCAACCAGUCGUUACGCAGUGAUGACCACCCAGCUGAAGCACAGCAAUCUCUCGCUAGUUUUCUACUAUGUGUUAUUUCAGAUGUGUAAGGCCCAUGGCAUUGGCUAUGACCUUGAGGACAGAAAAGGAACUGUGUUUGUCCUAUAUGAACACCUGAAGAGAAACAAGAUGGGCAUGUUAACAAUCGGUGUGGAUCUCCAGGGGGUCCUCAUGACCUUUGCCCGCAAUCUCUUCAUCAUCCAUCAAGAGAUAUCAGCACCUAAUAUGCAAGGCGAGACCAAUUUUAAGACCACCAUUCGUGAUGUUGAAACCAUCCUAGGAGUAACAGAAGAAAACAAAACAAGAUUUGAAGAGCUACAGUCCAAAGAUGAUAAAAAAGCAAUCCAUGCUUGAUAAGUAAUCCUGAAAUAGCUUACAAUUUUAGAUCCCUGUCUAGAGCAAGAAAGAGCAAGAUUUCUUUUGCUUUUAGGAAUAAAAGUAGGAGAAAUUAGUUUGCCUUGUUUGCUAAGAGGUGAAUCCAGAUGAAUUCUAUUACACUGUAAUUUUCUUUUUACAAUUGAGUAAGAGAUCUUA